GACUGUGAGGAGCGGGGAACAGAGUUAACGGCAAUUUCAAGGGUCGCCCCCAAGGUCAGAAUUGUCGUUAAACUGGUUCUCAAGUCCCACGCCUCUUUCAAACUGCUGCUUCCGAUCACUCUCUUUUUUUACCGUUCACUUUCCGUGUCAAAGUUCCCGUAUCCGCUUCCGCUUCCGCUCCCGCUCUGAUCUUCCAGUUUACAUGGAUCUCUCUCUCUCUGCAACUCUUUGUUAUCUCUCUCCCUCUCCAACCACAUCUCCUCUCGUUUCUCGGCCCCUAUUUCUACAUGUUGCCAAUUUCAAACCUAAAGUCUCUCUCAGGAAGCGCUUGCUUUGGCCUCACAACACUCUAGCGAUCAGAGCCCUCAGUUCGAAUCACGGCGUCGACGACGGUUUUGUUCUCGAAGACGUUCCUCACUUGACCGACUUUCUCCCAGAUUUACCGUCCUAUCUAAAUCCUUUGAAAACGAGCCAAGCUUAUGCCAUAGUCAAGGAAACUUUUGUUAGCCCUGAAGAUGCGGUAGCAGAGGAAAUUAUUGUUAGGAAGAACAGUCCUAGAGGAGCACAUUUCCGGCGUGCAGGACCUCGUGAAAAGGUUUAUUUCAAGUCAGAGAAAGUGCGUGCUUGUAUUGUUACUUGUGGUGGUUUAUGCCCAGGGAUCAAUACAGUGAUUCGGGAGAUCGUGUGUGGCUUGAAUUAUAUGUACAACGUCAAUGAUGUACUUGGUAUUGUGGGUGGAUACAGAGGCUUUUACUCAAAAAAUACAAUGCAGCUGACCCCUAAAGUUGUUAAUGAUAUUCAUAAACGUGGUGGAACCAUUCUUCAAACAUCAAGAGGAGGUCAUAAUACUAGCAAGAUAGUUGAUAACAUUCAGGACCGGGGGAUAAAUCAGGUGUAUAUAAUUGGAGGUGAUGGGACUCAAAAAGGAGCAGCAGCAAUUUACAAGGAAGUUGAGAAACGUGGCAUUCAAGUGGCGGUAGCUGGAAUCCCCAAAACAAUUGAUAAUGAUAUUUCUGUGAUAGACAAAUCUUUUGGUUUUGACACUGCCGUUGAAGAAGCUCAGAGGGCCAUUAAUGCUGCUCAUGUGGAGGUUGAGAGUGUGGAAAAUGGAGUUGGAAUAGUGAAGCUAAUGGGUCGAUACAGUGGGUUCAUUGCUAUGUUUGCAACUUUGGCUAGCCGAGAUGUGGAUUGUUGCUUGAUUCCCGAGUCUCCCUUCUAUCUUGAAGGCCAGGGUGGGCUUUUUGAAUUUGUUGAAAAACGGCUUACGGAAAAUGGGCACAUGGUAAUUGUAUUGGCAGAAGGAGCUGGGCAGGAAUAUGUUGCUCAGGAUGCACUAACAUUUGAUGGGAGAGAUGCAUCGGGAAAUAGGUUACUUCUAGAUGUUGGUCCGUGGUUGAGUCAAAAGAUUAAGGAUCAUUUUUCAAAUGUCCGGAAGAUGGAGAUAAACUUAAAAUACAUAGAUCCAACAUACAUGAUCCGAGCUAUUCCAAGUAAUGCAUAUGACAAUAUAUACUGCACACUGCUUGCUCAGAGUGCUGUUCAUGGAGCAAUGGCAGGGUACACAGGCUUCACUGUUGGACCUGUGAACAGCAGACAUGCUUAUAUCCCAAUAGCUCGCGUGACUGAAACCCAGAACACUGUUAAGUUAACAGGCAGGAUGUGGGCUAGACUUCUUGCGUCCACAAAUCAACCAACUUUCUUGCCGAAAACAGAGUUGAUGCUAGAAAAAGUUGAUAGAGAGACUCCGGAUAUGAUCAAUGAAACAAAGGUUACUUCUACUUAAACGUUGAGGACUGUAGCAGUGGGAACUCGCAGAUGCAGGACUUCCUGAGUAUGCUCUUUUGCUUUAACAUUAGAUUGAGAACAUCAAUCGCACAGUUUCUGAGCAGUUAGUUGCAUUAUACCCAUACCAUUGUUACCAAGAAAGAUACUGUGUAUUUAUAUUUGUCUUAGAGGCUCUGGCCUUCUAAAAUUUGCUUUGAUUAUUUUCAGGUCACAUUCAUUAAAUAGUACUUGGUGGAAUCUAUCACCUAUUCGUAAACAAUUGGAAUCCAGAACAAAUAUCAAUAUAUUGAGCCUCUAUUUUGGCCUACGAUUACUAGAAAAUACUGAGUUGUUUGAUAUA